GUUCUUUUUUCUUUUGCCCCCUCUCACUUACUCUCUCUCUUAUGUAAUGUUUAGUUUUGCUGUGAACCCACGAAUAAAAAAAAGAAACGAGGAAGUUGGUAGAUGCAAAGGUAAGGCCGGAGAAGAGAAAUUUUAGGAUUUUUCUUAUCAAGAUUUUAAUUUGCCCCUCCCCUCCUCUUCCAAAUUCUAUAAAUUUAUCUGGCAAACCAAUAAAAACAAAAAAUGAGAGAGAGAGAAAGAGGGUGAAUUAUAGAGCGGAUUUUGAAAGAAGGGUAUUAAGGAUGGGGUGUGACGCUCUCGGGUAAGCCCACCAAAAAUCAAAAACUCCUCCUCCGACUGCCUGUGUUGGAGAAAAAAAAAGAAAGAAUGUGGGAUCUCAACGAUUGUCCAGAGGAGAGGGGAGGCGAUGAAUCGGAAGCUGAAGCCGAAGCCGAAGCGUGUUGGUCCCCGAAGACGUCGGAGGAGAAGGGGAAAAGAGUGGGAUGGGGGGGAUCCGUUUCCAAUUCCAGUUCCUCGGCGCUGCUUCUCGAGGAGGGAUCCGAUGAGGAGGAGCUAUACGGGUCCAUGGAAAUUGACGACCCAAGCCCCGGCCCCGUCACUCGCCAGUUCUUUCCACUCCAGGACUCUACUGCUGCUCCGCCUCCUACAACUGCUUCCGCCUUCCCUCGGGCUCACUGGGUCGGGGUCAAAUUCUGCCAUCCCGAUCCUCUCGCCGCCGCUAAUUCCAUCAAAUCCACCACCGACCUUUCCCACCCCAUUAAGAAGAGCCGCCGGGGACCCAGGUCUCGCAGCUCUCAGUUUCGCGGCGUCACUUUUUACCGCAGGACCGGCCGCUGGGAGUCCCAUAUUUGGGAUUGUGGAAAGCAAGUUUAUCUCGGUGGAUUCGACACGGCACAUGCAGCUGCACGUGCUUACGAUAGAGCAGCAAUUAAAUUCCGAGGGGUUGAGGCGGACAUAAACUUCAGCAUCGAAGAUUACGAGGAAGAUUUAAAACAGAUGGGAAAUCUAACAAAGGAAGAAUUUGUGCACGUACUUCGCCGACAAAGCACUGGCUUCCCCAGAGGAAGCUCCAAGUAUAGAGGUGUUACGCUUCACAAGUGUGGAAGAUGGGAGGCCCGAAUGGGCCAAUUUCUUGGCAAAAAGUACGUCUAUUUGGGUUUGUUUGAUACCGAGAUUGAAGCUGCAAGGGCAUACGAUAAAGCUGCAAUCAAAUGUAAUGGCAAAGAAGCAGUCACCAAUUUCGAUCCCAGCAUCUACGAUAAUGAACUCAAUCCCACAGCUGAUUCAAUUGGCAAUUUGACGGACCACAGUCUUGAUUUGAGUUUGGGAAAUUCAAGCUCAAAGCAAAACGACAGCCCAAAUGCCGCCGUAGAUCCGCACCAUUCUUCUUCUGUUCCUCUAUCGAUGGAAGCCGAGUGGCAACGGAACCACCAUCAAGUAUUUAGGCCUCCUCAGCUGAAUUUGUUGCAAGAAUCAAGCGGAGGUGCAAGUAAAAAUUACAAUGCACAGAGAAGAAAUAAUAACAAUACUAAUAGGUACCUGGAGAGUGAAACAAUGCAUCUCCUGAGCCAGACUCACAUUCAAUCUCCAGCUUCAUUUGAAAUGCAAAGACACGGCCAAUUCAGUGGAGAUCAGCCCCACUCCCAGAUAUUGCUUCACAAUCACAAUCACAACCCCAGCCUCAAUUCUUUGAAUUAUCAAAUUCAGUUUUCGGGCAGCAGUAAUCGCAAUGGAGGCCGAAUAGGAAGUGAUCUAUCAUUGUCUUUAAGUGAUAAUAAUCAACUUCUUCAAUCGGGGCCAUCUCAAGCUCUUGCAACUGCUGCAGCAUCAUCAGGAUUCGCACCGCAGAUUAUUCCUUCCAAAAAUUGGCUGCAGAAGAAUGGAUUUCACUGUCUUAUGAGACCCUCCUGACAUCUCUCAACUAUUCUUUCCUCUUCUUUUUUUUUUUGUUUUCCUUCCUUUUUUUUCACUCCCCUCUUUGCCCUGCCUUCCCUUCCGAUCAAGAUCAGCUACCCCCUCCCAAAGGAAAAAAAAAAAAGAAGGAUCAUCAAAGCUUUAAUUUUGUCACUUUAUUGUUAUUAUUUUUUUCCCCUUUCUCCACUUCCCGAUGAGAAUCUCGAAAGAAAAGAAAAUUGAAGCCUCCUCCAAUGGGGAAAAAAAAGAAAGGAAAAGAAAAGAAAGAAAGCAAGUGUAGUAAAAAUUUAACGAAAUGGGUGAAGAAAAAGCUAGAAUUUUUCUGACCAAGUAUUGAAUGUGCAUUAGCAAUUCCCAAUUCCUUAGACAUUUGCUUU